CCGGCAUGUCUCUGCAGAGGAUUGUGCGUGUGUCGCUUGAACACCCUACCAGCGCCGUGUGUGUGGCAGGAGUUGAGACCAUCGUGGACAUCUAUGGGGCGGUUCCUGAGGGCACAGCCAUGUUUGAGGUCUACGGGACACCCGGCGUGGACAUCUACGUGUCUCCCAGCAUGACGAGGAGCCGAGAAAGAGCCGAAACCAGGCGGUGGUGCUUCAACGAGGGGCUGGAGAUCAUCGUGGUCAUGAACUCCCCUAGCAAUCACCUCAAUGACAGUCAUGUUCAGAUAGCCUACCACUCCAGCCGUGAGCAGUUGCCCCUGGCCUAUGCGGUACUCUACCUCACCUGUGUGGACAUCACCCUGGACUGUGACAUGAAUUGUGAUGGCCGGCAGGACAGGAGCUUCGUGGAUAAGAGGCAAUGGGUGUGGGGGCCUGAUGGGUAUGGAGCCAUCUUGCUGGUGAACUGUGAUCGGGAUGAUGUGGGCUGUAAUGCCCAAGAUAACUGUGACCAACAUGUGAGCUGCCUGCAAGAUCUGGAAGACAUGUCCCUCAUGGUGCUACGGACCCAGGGACCUGAGGCCCUCUUUGAUGACCACAAACUUAUCCUCCAUACCUCCGGCUGUGAUGCGGAGCGGUCACGGGUCUUCCACGUGUGUGGUCCCGAGGAUUCCUGCGAGUCCUAUAGGUGUGUUCUGGGCCCGAACCACGUGUCCUACGAGGUACCCCGCCUCAACGGCGAUGAGGAGCGCUUCUUUGUGGAGGGCCUCUCCUUCCCUGAUGCGGGUUUUCCGGGGCUCAUCUCCUUCCAUGUCACCCUGCUGGAUGACUCCAAUGAGGACUUCUCCGAGACCCCAAUCUUCACUGAUACUGUGGUGUUCCGGGUGGCGCCCUGGAUCAUGACACCCAGCACCCUGCCGCCCCUGGAGGUGUACGUGUGCCGGGUGAGAAAUAACACGUGCUUCGUGGAAGCCGUGGAGGAGUUGGCCAGGAAGGCAGGCUGCAAACUCACCAUCUGUCCGCAGGAGGAGAAUCGGAAUGACCGCUGGAUCCAGGAUGAGAUGGAGCUGGGCUACGUGCAGGCGCCUCACAAGACUUUGCCCGUGGUCUUUGAUUCCCCGAGGAAUGGGGAGCUGCAGGGUUUUCCUUACAAAAGAAUCCUGGGUCUAGAUUUCGGCUAUGUGACUCGGGAACCGCGAGACAACUCCGUGAGUGGCCUGGACUCCUUUGGCAACCUGGAGGUCAGCCCGCCCGUGGUGGCCAAUGGGAAGGAGUACCCCUUGGGGAGGAUCCUCAUUGGGGGCAACCUGCCUGGGUCAAGAGGCCGCAGAGUCACCCAGGUAGUGCGAAACUUCCUCCAUGCCCAGAAGGUGCAACCCCUGGUGGAGCUCUUUGUGGACUGGCUGGCUGUGGGCCACGUGGAUGAGUUUCUGAGCUUUGUCCCUGCCCCAGACAGGAAGGGCUUCCGGCUCCUCCUGGCCAGCCCCGCUGCCUGCUUCAGGCUGUUCCAGGAAAAACAGAAGUGGGGCCAUGGCAGGUCCCUCCUUUUUGAGGGGGUCAUUGGCGACAGGCGGGUCAAGACCAUCUCCAUCAAUCAGGUGCUUUCCAACCAGAACCUUAUCAACUUUAAUAAGUUUGCACAGAGCUGUAUUGACUGGAACCGCGAGGUGCUGAAGAGGGAGCUGGGCCUCUCUGACUGUGACAUCAUUGAUAUCCCACAGCUUUUCAAGACAGAGAGGAGGAAGGCUGUGGCUUUCUUCCCCGACUUGGUGAACAUGCUGGUGCUGGGCAAGCACCUGGGCAUCCCCAAGCCCUUCGGGCCCAUCAUCAAUGGCCGCUGCUGCCUGGAGGAGAAGGUGCGCUCCCUGCUGGAGCCGCUGGGCCUCCACUGCACCUUCAUCGAUGACUUCACGCCUUACCACAUGCUGCACGGGGAGGUUCACUGUGGCACCAAUGUGCGCCGGGAGCCCUUCGCCUUCAAGUGGUGGCACAUGGUGCCCUGAGCCACUGCCCAUUC